GCGGAAGCGUCGUCUUUCCUCCUGCUGGGGAUAGCUAAAGCUACGCUGGUGUCAUCGUCUUAUCGGUCUGGGGUUGACAACAGAAACAGCAGCCUUAUUUCGUGUCCAGCCACGAAUAACUAUCUUCACUGGGGUCUCUGGAGAGAUGAACAACAACGGGAAUAAGAGAGCUCCAACCACAGCCACCCAGCGACUUAAGCAGGAUUACCUCAGGAUAAAGAAAGACCCCGUGCCUUACAUCUGUGCAGAACCUCUCCCCUCCAACAUUUUAGAAUGGCACUACGUAGUCAGAGGUCCUGAGAAAACUCCAUAUGAAGGAGGAUAUUAUCAUGGAAAACUUAUAUUCCCUCGAGAAUUUCCCUUUAAACCACCAAGUAUCUACAUGAUUACACCAAAUGGAAGAUUCAAGUGUAAUACAAGGUUAUGUUUGUCCAUCACAGACUUCCAUCCUGACACAUGGAACCCUGCAUGGUCUGUCUCCACCAUCCUCACAGGUCUGCUCAGCUUCAUGGUGGAGAAAGGCCCCACCCUCGGCAGCAUCGAGACCUCUGACUACACAAAAAGACAGCUGUCAGCUCAAAGCCUGGCCUUCAAUCUCAAGGACAAAGUGUUCUGUGAGCUGUUUCCAGAUGUAGUGGACGAGAUGAAGCAGAAACAGAAGGCCCAGGAGGAGUUAAGCUCCCGCACUCAGCCCCUCCCUUUACCCGACGUGGUGCCUGAUGGAGACCCUCAGCAUGCCCACUAUGGCAUCCCUGCCCUAAACGGGGGCCCUGUCCCGCACGGGGCUGCCAACCCUGCGCCCGGCCUACAGCAGGCCAACCGCAACCACGGACUUCUAGGUGGCGCUCUAGCCAACCUGUUUGUGAUUGUAGGCUUUGCAGCGUUCGCCUACACAGUCAAGUACGUUCUGAGAAGCAUAGCCCAGGAGUGAGGAGUGGGUGUCACAGGGUGGCGCAAGUGGACUCCACAUUGGACAAACACUUUGUGGGGGAGGGAUGUUCAGUCCUGGGUUUAACCCCUCCACCACCACCACCACCGCCGCAACCACCACAGCCAUGGACUUUGGAAGACAGAAGCUCAAAGCCGACCCGCCCAGGAAGGAACAAGAGCAGGUGGAGGAGGGGAGGAGGUGGGGGGGUGGACGGGAGUGGCAGCAGUACCGGGGGUUUGAAGGGGCUUAUUAAAAAUGGUUGUGAUCAACUCUGUGCUUCAGUGGUUAAUGUCAGCAGCAGAAACAAACUUGGCUCAUGGGUUGUUGAAGAUGUGCGUUUCUAAAGGUCGUAGUUUGUUUCUUUGUCACAACAAGAAAAGCUUCCGAGGUAAAAUCAAAUGUACCCUUGUUCCCUCACAGUAACAUCAAAUAGUGAUAAAAACUUGUUUUUAAAACACUGCCGUGUUUCCAUAAUCCCUCUGCAGUGGUUUCAGAUCAUAGAGGCUCUUCAGGGUGCCAGCCAGUGCUUCUAGUAGAGGGCCAAACAGCUUCAAGUCAAGGAAAAGUAUGUCACACUGUCUGUAUGCCCUCCCUCAUAGUAGCUGUUUGCACUGGAGACAUUUCCCCUCUUUAACUGUGGAGCAUCAAGGAAUCAGGUUACAGUUACCUCAUGCCUGCAGGUGCAGCGCAAGAACCUGUUCCUCCACUUUCUGUCUUCAUGUCAUGGGUUACUUGCAGUUGGUUUACCUUGGAACAUAUAGUUGGAAAGAUCUCUCAUCAGGACUCUGAGGUUCCAUCUGUGCCAAAAAUGUGUUGACUUUUACACAAGUGGUUCUUCAAUGGAAGCAGGACAAAAAAGAGGACAGGAAAGAGGGAGAGUCAUGACCUUAUUUUGAUCCUUUAAAAGUUUCAGAUAAUCUGGAAAAUCUACACAUAUAUAACCCAUAAAAGCAAAUAAACUGAGAGGUAAUCAAGAGUCAUACAUUUUCUUUAAAAAGAGCAAAAACAGUAGGCAGACGUGAAAUUAAAAAAUCCCUCACCAGUGCUUGUACAGUAUGUGAAGGGGACUGUUUUCUGCACCAAAGCUUAGACCUGAUCAUGUUUCAUCUCAGUGAGUAGAAGAGGACAGCGUUUUUCUUGAAGCACUGUACUGAAGUGUUUAUUUUUGUAUCACUCUUUAAACAGAGAUCCGAGCAUCAGAACUCAAACGUAACAUGUGCUACUCUGUGGUCAGUGUGAUGUGAGUUCCCAUCAACCCAUGAGCCAAACAGUGGACCCUGUGUCUGCACAGACAUCACUAGAGACUAGUACCUCUUUAAAUUGGCUAAUCUGACCAGUAUAGCACACUCUAAAUAGAUCCAAGAAAGGGGACACAUGAAGAGAACCAACAUUUCUUUUCUGUAUAUUCUUUUCUUUUUGAUAUAUUUUUUGUGUUUUGUUUCUCUUUAUUUAUAGAAACAGCCUUGGUUCGUCUGUCUCGGUUUUGAGGAAAUGUGUUUGCUGAUCUCGUCAGUGAGAGCAAACACACAGACAGGCUGCAGCCCAGGCUCACAUAAUUGCUGAUGAUUUACUGUUGUGCAUUGCAUUUAGUACAGAUGGUUCUACUGUGUAUCUAAUGUUUCAACAGAAAAUGGUCUGAAAGCAGGGGACUCGACUCUCUGCUGCUCUUUUCUUGGCACCAUCUUUAAAAAAAAGACAAACUGCUGAUGAUGGGAGUGCGUUUGUGUGAUUAUACAGCAAAUGCCCAGAUUUCCAUGCUUCAGUUAAUCUUGUGUGAUAUUGUAUGUUUUCAUAGUAAAUGCAAAUAAAUCACCCUGCUUUGCGGGGCAUUUUAGCAAACCUUCCUUUAAA